AUGUCUCCCGAACCUCUCCAAGAUGUUCGUCCCAUGUUUGAGCUCCGUGGCCGCAAUUAUAUUGUCACAGGUGGUGCCCAAGGUAUUGGGUUCGCUUGCACACGAGCCAUAUGCGAAAUGGGCGGCAAUGUAGCAGUGCUAGACAUCCAGGACCAACCCGUUCCUGAGUUUAACACGCUCAGCGAGAAGUUCUCCACAAAGACUGUCUAUAUCAAGACGGACGUCACAUCAGAAGAGAGCAUUGAUGCCGCUUUUGACAAGGUUCUGAGCGAGUUUGGAACCAUUGAUGGUGUUGUCCCCGCGGCGGGUAUCGCGAUUGACAAGCCUUUUUUGGACCAGACUUGGGAUGAAUUUACGCGUAUUCAAGAUAUUAAUGUUCGAGGAACAUUCUUCGUCGUUCAAAAGGCGGCGCGUCAAAUAAUUAAGCAAGGCACUGCCGGAAGUAUGGUUCUGCUUGCCUCACAGUCGGCCCACAUCGGCCUGCCAGGCUACCGGAUGGCCGCCUACAACGCCUCAAAGGGAGGUAUUCUGAUGCUCUCCAAGGCACUCGCUGUGGAACUUGCGCCAAAGAAGAUCAGGGUCAACACUAUUUCCCCUGGGUUUGUGGAUUCGGAUAUGACAAGAAACGUGCGCGAGCAUAAGAGUAAGAGAGAAGGUGAACAAAUGUGGUUGUCGCCGCCCAAUCAGAGAUUGAGUACACAGAACGAUCUCACGGGAGCGGUUGUUUAUUUGCUUAGUGAUGCGGCGAGACAUACUACAGCAGCGGAUAUCCAAAUUACUGGAGGCUUGCAUGCGGGUACCAUUGAUGGUUUAAUUAGUUACGAUAACUAG